AUGGUUAAUGUAGCAAGUAAUUUAAGAAGCCUGUGUUUUGGAGCUCUCAAAAGCUUAAACAAGAAAUGUGAAAAGGAGAAUAACUUGAGGGACGCAGAGGAGGAAGAUGAAGGGGGAGGAGAAGAAGGAGAUGGAGGAGGGGGUGGUGGUGAAGGAAUGUGCGGUGAAGGGGGAGGUGUUUCUGAGGAAUACUGUGCAGAGGAGGAAGAACUGGGGAGUACGCACAACCAUGGGACAGAUAUUGGAAGUAGUGUAGAAAAAAACACGAAAAUGGAUUAUACAUUCGAUGGUAACAAUUGUGCGGACGCCAACGAGGAAGAUGCUACACACAAUGAUCAGCAUUACCACGAGGGCGAGGAGAAGUUUACACUUAAUGUGAGUACUGGUGGGGUUAGUUCCAGUAGCACCACUGCAACUCCCCCCUGUGAAGUCAAAGCGGAUGACCCGAGUUAUUGCACCAGUGGUAGCAACGGGCGGGAGCAAAGCUCCAACAUAAAUACCACCGUAUUUGAAGAGAGACAUAAAAGGGCAAAUAUAUUCAUUGAGAAUAAGAACAAGGGCGAUCCCGUCGAUCACGUGUUAAAUUCAGGUGUAAACCUAAGCACGGAUGCAAGCGUGGGUAGUAAUGCAUUCAAAAAUGCCAGUGUGUAUAACGGUAUGAAGGUGUGUGAUGGGCCCGACAUGUGGAGUAGUUUCAGUGCGGGCAACAACAUCGGAGUGUGCAGAUCCUUCGGGGAUGGAAACCCCGCCAGAACGGUCAACGUCGACGCGUAUAACAAUUCGAGCUACCUCUACGGGAGGGAAAUGCACUUACGCAACGAUGCUGUUGAGGGGAAGAAGGGGACAGCCACAACCGUGAUGGAACUGGCGAAGGAAAACUACAGCGCAGAGAAAGACGGGUGCGUUAAAAAUGAAAGCAACAUAUAUAAUCAUCGCACACAAGAAAAAAUAAUGCGAAAGAAAAUAAAUGCACAUGAGGGCCUCCAUGACGCAGCAUUAAAAGCAAAUUCAGUUCAUGUGGAAAGUUUACUAAUGGAUUAUUACCGAGGAAAAGCUAACUCUAAGAAUUACGGGGAGAAGCUAUCUAAUUCAUGUCGGUUCUUCAUUUACACAUCCAAUCCGUACAACCAUGAUAUUAAAAUGAUUAAGGAGAAUUGCCUGACCAUAUAUCAGCUUUUAUAUACAGAAAAGAAAAAGUGGUGCUCUAUCUACAUUUGCACAAAUGAUGGACCCAUGUCAAAUUUUAAUUACCAUUUAUAUAAAAUUCUUUGUGGUACAGAAGACAUCUACAUGUAUUUUUUUCUGUUGAAGAAGUUUAUAUUUUCCUGUUACAUAUAUUUCAAUUUAGUAAGUAUAAAGAUUUUCUCAACCUUUACCAACAGCGGGGAAAACAUUAUGCUUUACGACUUUACACAUAUAAUAAACCGGAAGGACACCUUUUUAGGCGAGUCCUCCGGUGGGUCUGGUAGUCCUUACAGCUGCGGGGGAAUCAGACCUGAGGUGGCCACUCCCUGGGAUGGUACCGCGCAAAGGAAGGAGUGGCAGCAAUUGUCACAGAGGUCGCCAAUGCAGUCUCCUCACCAGUGUUCACCACAGCCAGGACAACAACAGAUGCCAGCAACCCUGCUGGAGGCCAAUCGGGGGAGAAGCCCGUCCCUCAGCGGCGGUACAAACAGAAACAACGCCAACCCUUUUUCCCCCAGCACAUGGGACAACCAAACGGAGGAGUGGAACCGAGAAACCGGAACCCCCCCACACAGUAACAGAAGCAGCAUAUACAACCUAAGCAGCGAAAGCAACAAAAGUGAAGAGGAGGCCCAAUUUCUGAAUUUUCUAUAUGACCCAUGCAAGCAUUUAUAUGCUAACAAAAUGAAUGCAAGUCAAAAUUAUUUUCACUUUUUCAAUAUGGAGGAAUCGUCAGAUAUAAAAAAAAAACUACAGCUUUUUAUUAGCACCCACUCUCCUACCAUGAUUAAUAUCACCAAAAAAUGGAACUCAUUUUACCUUAACAAAAAUAAAAUUUCUUCCUUUGUUGAGAAGUACAAAGACGUGAAUUGUUCCUAUGGAGAUAAUUUAAAAAAAAAUGGUACAGAGACAUUUAUAAAUGAAUUUGUGGAAACGUUUUGUUACAUGAUAGACGAGGUGAGACAAGCCAGGGGUAACAAAACCAACAUAGUCAUUCGUCAACAUGGUAAAGGAAUGCAUCUUCGGAGGGGAAGAAGCCCCAGAAAAGCCUUCAGUUGGAUGGCGAAGCAUCGAAGAGGCAGACCACCUAUAAGAAGGGACUAUGAUGCGGGGAACACACGUUGGCCACACAAACUCAGGAGAGCUUUCACUACUGUAGACCAAAGUGCCGAGAUGAGCGACAAGAACUGUAGUCGUGAUGGAAGAGGCAGUUAUGGACACGCCUUUGGAAAAAGCCUCGGGUACAUGGAUGAAAAAGCGAGGAGUGUGUCCAUGGCGGCCACCACGCAUCAUUAUACUGGUGAGGAGUUCGAAUGGAGGGAUGCAACUGCACCAGAGGGGAAGAACACCUCCAAUGCACAGAAGCAACCUGAAGGGAAUAAUCCCACCAAUAAGCAGGCCAACGUGAAGGAGCCCCCCGUGGUGGAACCAAACAGCAUACCCAAUUAUACUGCCUCUUCUCAAUGGCACAAGGGAGGAAGGAGCACUUCUGGAUGCACUGCAGAGGUUAUUGCCAAAUUCCUCGGAAGUGUAAACAUUAGGAGAAGUAGCAUCCUACUACGUAGGGGUGGUGGAAGUAGCGGUAGCGACAGUGACAGUGGGAUCGCCAGGGAGAGCGACUGUAAAGAGGACAGUUCUGACAGCGAUGAGCAGAACACCGCCAGUGAGUCUGCCUAUGAGGGUAGAAAAAAUAGCAACAGUGGGAAAGGGGGGGCCGCAAGCGGGGCGGAAAGUGGAGCUGCGAAAGGAACGGACGGAGGCAAGCGCAGCAAAGAGCACUCCCGUAACAUUAUCUUUUUAAACAACUUAAACAUACUGAUAACGGAUUUGAACGAGCUGUAUGAUUACUUGGAGAACUGCCGGUACAGGGAUGGGGGGCGUGUCGUCGGCGUGGGGAUGAACAAUAGCUUCCUCACCAACGACCCCAAGGGCAGCUACUACUAUAACUUAUCCAAGGGGGACAAUGUAGGUCUUGGGGCGGAAACAGCAGACGAGCCACACGUAGCGCACGUUGCACAUGUUGCCCAUGUUGGGCAGCAGGGGGGAGCACUGAGCAGAGGUGAUUUGGACAGAAGGUUAAAAUCGGAGAGGGACUUGUCCAACAUAUACACCACAGGGGCAUCAUGUGUAGAUGGGACCUACAGCGAUGCACCGAAUAGCGAAACGAGCCACACAUAUGGAAGCGGGAAGGAGGAUUUUUACAACGUGGAAAUUUCCUCAGUAUAUUUGAAAAGCUUCUGUUCUGUGUGCUCAGGAAUCCAAUAUGAUAAUUUUGAGAAUCAGUUAAAUCAGCCAAAAAAUGGAAAUUACAAAAAAUUGGAAGUUUUUAUGAAAGAAAGUGAUUUUUUUUGUAAUUGUAAUAAUAUUUUUCAAAAUGAAAAUGGGAACCCUAAUGAUGAUUUAAAAUGUUGUUUUAAUGGAGAAAUGACUUCAGAAGAAUAUUACCUGUUAAGAAAAAAUGAUAUUGAAAAAAUGAACAGGACGAUAGACGAAAUUAUUUAUAUGAAUCAUCAACAGGGACUGGGAAGCGCAGGUGAAGGUACAGACGGGGGGUUACCGUACGAGGAUGAGGAGGAGGAAGAAGAUUUUGAUGAGGAAGAGGAUGAUGAUGAGGAGGAGGAAGAGGAUGAAGAUGAAGGGAGAAGUAAAGGUCUUGUAAAGACUAGAAGGAGAUCCACAAGUGUUGGUGGAGGGGUAGGUAUAACCACAGGGCCUGGAAGGCGAAGAGGACGUGUAGCCAAAAUAGAACUUAAAAGUAGAUACAUGGGAAGAGGAAAAAAUAAAAUAUGGGCCAGUAACACUGGGGAGAAAGACUUAAGCAACAAAUCAGCAACGAAUCGUGAGAUAAGAAAUAUGAAAAAAAAUAAAUUUGGAAAAUAUCAUCAACAGACGGAAAAAAAAAACAAGACUGUGAAAUCCUUGUCGUCUCCACAAAAUUAUGAAAUGAAAUCGCCAAGAGUUAAGAAGCUAGAAAAGUUUACUAGUGUUGAUCAGGAAAAUCUGCGAGAGGUUUUUGGACCAACCGGCGUUUCUGGAGUCUAUUUUGAAAAAAGCAGAAGCAGCUGGACAGCCCAGUAUAAGGUUAGCGGUGGAAAGAGAAGAGCCAAAAGAUUUUUGGUUACCAAAAAUAUGACUUAUGAGGAAAUUGAAAAUGUCAAGCAGCAGUGCAUAGCUUACAGGAAGCAAAUGGAAAAGGAAUAUAUUAAGGAAUACCUCAAUGAAGAUAAGAAGAAAGCCCCUUCCAGUAUCACCAGCCCCAACACUGCAAUUGGGCUUGUAUCGGUUAAAAAGAACAAGCGGAAGAGGAAGAUGAAGAGCUUCUACGACAACUAA